AUGAAGCUUUGUCAGUCCAUCAUGGACAUGGAUAUGCCAGAUUACGUCGACUCCUUGGAUUCCUCUUACACUAUGCUGGAAUUUGACAACCUUCGGGUGCUCCCCAAUACCACGGAGGGCAGCAAUUUUAAUGGUCUUUGCUCUGCGCCCACAGAAGCCAUCACAACUGAGUCAGCCAGCACCAACCUGCUCACCAACGGCGUCAGCUCCCUCUGCUCCAUCUGCGGGGACCGGGCUACCGGCAAGCACUACGGAGCGUCCAGCUGUGAUGGCUGCAAAGGCUUCUUCAGGAGGAGUGUUCGCAAGAACCAUGUCUAUUCCUGCAGGUUCAGCCGACAGUGUGUGAUAGACAAAGACAAGAGGAACCAGUGCAGGUACUGCAGGCUGAAGAAGUGCUUCAGAGCUGGAAUGAAGAAAGAAGCUGUGCAGAAUGAGCGUGACAGGAUCAGCAUUCGCCGGAGCAGCUACGAGGACAACGGCUCACUCUCCAUCAACGUGCUCACUCAGGCUGAGGCCAUGGCACAGCAGUAUUCGUCACUGAACCCCGUGCACAGUGCAGACAUUGCUAUGAAGAAGGUUGCAACCAUCACCGAUGUGUGUGAAUCCAUGAAACAGCAGCUUCUGCUGCUGGUUGAAUGGGCAAAAUACAUCCCAGCCUUUUGUGAACUUCCACUCGAUGACCAGGUUGCCUUGCUGAGAGCCCAUGCAGGGGAACACCUGCUCCUUGGGGUGGCCAAGAGGUCCAUUCCAUACACCGACUUUCUGCUAUUAGGGAAUGACUUCAUCAUCCCAAUGCACUGCCCAGAACUGGAAAUCGCUCGUGUGGCCACCAGAAUCUUGGACGAGUUGGUGAAGCCUCUGCGAGACAUCCAGAUCGAUGACAACGAGUAUGCUUGCCUCAAAGCCAUCAUCUUCUUUGAUCCAGACUGCAAAGGCCUGAGUGAGCCUGGGAAGGUGAAGAACAUGCGCUUCCAAGUCCAAGUCAACCUAGAAGACUACAUCAACGAUCGGCAGUAUGAUUCUCGGGGCCGGUUCAGUGACAUCCUGCUCCUGCUGCCCCCGCUGCAGAGCGUCACCUGGCAGAUGAUAGAGCAAGUCCAGUUUGCGAAGCUUUUCGGCGUGGCCAGGGUUGACAGCUUGCUGCAGGAGAUGCUGCUGGGAGGAAACACCAUUGAUCUCCAGUACCAGUCAGGACCUCCCAGCCUCAACAUGGAACCACUGCCAGGACAUGUCCUCCCAAGCAACAUGAGCUCUGUGAUUCACACCACUUCUGACCCAUCUCCUGAAACAUCCCUUCCAUCUCCUUCUACAAGCACAGGCAGUGAAGACUAUAAACUAGGCUCUAGCGCAGGACCCAGCACUGUAGCGCAGCUGUUGCCUCAGACAGUGAUACCCAAGCAGGAGAUUGUAUAG